GGCCUCCGCAGCCGUUUUGUCCCAAGUGCCUUAGUUCAGCAAUUUUCGGAUCGCCGGUUCAACGGAUGAUGUACAGAGACGGCCCGGAAUGUGUAGAGAGCAUGGUUCCACCUGGAGGCGCUGGCCACAGCGCGCGGCUGCGCAUGGCCGCGCCCGCCUCCGGCAGCACGGACACGGAAUGGAAACUCCAGCGCACCGGAACUUUCCUCGACGUCUGUUCAGAUCCAGGGAGCGAUUCUUGGGCGGAUCAGUUGGAGGCGAGGGCUGCCAGCGACCCUGGGCCGCAGUCGGCGCCGCGGCAGAACGCGGUCCGGGGGCGCCGCGUGGGCGGCUGGCAGGACGAGUACGUCAGGGUGCUGGAGCAGCGGGUGGCCUCUUGGCAGCUGGGCCCCAGCAGUGACCGCGCCAGCUCCUUGCGGGAGCUGCUGACGCCGUUGGUCCACGAGGUCCACGCCCCUGCCCGGCGCAGGCCGCGCACGGUGCCGCCCACGCCCCUGGAGAGGUCUUCCGCCGACGGCUCGUCGUCGGAGACCCCGCCGCCGAUGCAGCAGCUGGCCUGGAGCGGCCUCCGGCGGCAGCGCGGCAGCAGCGGCGGCGGGCCCACGCCCCCCGGCGGCGCGCGGGGCGCCGCAGCGCGUCCGCCGCGGCCGUCUCCACGCUCGCCGCGGCAGCCCCCGAGGCCGCUCGGCGGAGCCCAUGGCGCCGGGGCGCCCGACGACGAGGUCCAGGCAGGCGGAAUCGCCACUGCUCCCCGGCAUCACGCCGCUGCCGCCGGUCUUGCCUCGGCGUCCCCCCGCGCCGGCCUCGGCGCCCGCCGCGGCGUGGUCCGACGCUCCGGCUGCCUGCCGAGCGCGGGGAGCUACGGCCACCCGGAGCUGUGCAACCGGCCGUGCUGGUACUGGCCGACCGCCAGUGGAUGCCGGCACAACCAGGCGUGCGAUUUUUGCCACCUGCCGCACCCGAAGCGCGGCUCCGUGCGGCCCGAGCGGUGGUGCCGCGACGUGCUGCAGCACAUGUCCGGCGGCGCCCGCGUGGCCCUGGCACGGGCCGCGGUCGUGGAGCGGGCGCUGGCCGUCGGGCUGGGACCCGGGAGCAUCGAGGCGAUCGGCGCGUGGUUCGGGCAGCUCGGAAGCCCUGGUCCCGACUUCGGCAUCGAGCGCGGGCAGGGGCACCACCCGUGGGGCGAGGUGGAAGCCACGCUCCGAAAUCAGUCCCUGCGCUGGCUGCUGACCAUGGCGCAGUGCGGCCUCGCGCACGGCCCCGAGGCGGACCGCCGCACGACCGAGCUGCUCGACUCCUUGCGGGCGCUGCUCUGACUCCGCCACUGGCUGCCAGCGGGCGCCACUGCGCGGCGCGGCUGGGCACUGGCAACGAUGGGCGGGGAUAAUCUCAGGGUGGGAUUCGGCGUCACCCCAAGAUGCUAACACUACCUGUGCUUUUCUCUGGGCCCAUCCAGCGCAGAACCCCCCUGGCCGCUUCCGGGUGCAAGAUGGCAUAAUGUUCGGUGGCGUCUGGACGCAUACAUCCCUUGUGGAGUAUGCGUGACCAUUCUCUCUUUCCGCCCACGUGGGCGUUCCUUUUCUCGCAGUCCAGCGCUGCGGUGUUGGCGCCAGUGGUACGACGAGGUUUUCCCGUUGAGUGAAUCGUCUAAUUCGUGAAAUCUGUCUGAAGCGCGUGGAGCUACAAGAACAUGGCCAGCAUACGACCCAAUGUUGCAGACAUGCUUGCAAGUUCUGUGUUUGAAGGCUUUGCUGACCCAGCUGAGGGAGGUGGAGAACAUAUGCAAGAAGUUAUGUGCGUAGAGUUUUAGCGCCUUGACUAUUCGGAUCAUUCGACCGAUUUGCGGUUGGGAGCAACUUUUGGACAGCGAUGGUCACUGGCGGAUCAACCUGUCUUAGCCCCACUUUCAUUGUGGUGUGCAUCUCCACUGCAGUCGCUAGGAAUGGUGAUUCCAGGACUGCAUGGGUUGCCCGCAGGACAGCCAAUCAACUUCCUAUCCGUUGCCACUUACACUCGUCUC